AUGACCGCCAACGGGGAUCCGGCUGUCAGCCAGCUCGUCGAGCAGCUCGCCUUCGGCUUCGAUACUCUAUCGUCCGAGUACCGCAUUCUGCAUGACAGGCAUCGCGAGCUCGAGAACAAGCUCGUCUGGGCCAAGCAACAGUACCUCGACCUUCUGAAGCGAUUCACUCCCGAUAUUGCUCUUCAGGAUCACAAGGUGUUCGUGCAGAGCCUGGAGGAAGUCGAAAGACACGGCGAAGGGGGGCCGCCGGACUGGCUUGAUGCCCUUGCGCAAAGCGAUGAUGGUGAUCGCAGAACUGGUGCCUACAUUAUCCGGAACGCCGAGCGUGCUCGCGACCAGCUGAGAUAUUCCCGCCCGUUGCAAAGCCCGCUGAAAGACGCGGAGGGGGUCAAGAUUUGGAACGGUCGGACAGGUGAUCGAGCGUCGGACAGAAUGUCGAAGCUCGAAAGCCUGAGGCAGGCUGCCAGUGCUGCGGGGCUAGAAAGAGACUUCACCACUCCUGGCACCCCUGGGAAACUGGGGUGUCCUUUCGGCGCACCCAGCAUGCGAGGCCGGUCGACGAGCGGCAGAGGAAGCAUGGGUACACCUAGCCGUUCUCAGUCCAGAAUACUCCCCCAUGCCAUGCGGUCGAAGCGUUCAUCCUUUAAUGACCCUAUCAGGGCAGACAUAUGUGUAAUGGAGCCCCCGCAAUCCCCAGACCCGUCAGUCUCAGGCUCGGCUGCGCCAGUGUGUCCGAUCCGUUUCAUGGACGAUCACUCGCCGGAGGAAAUAGCAAAAUACUUUGAGAACCACAAGCAUGAACUGCCUCGUAGCCACGAGGUUUGCAUCAAACGUUUCCAGAGCAAUGCCGAGAGCAUUCGCCAGCUAGACGCAAAAUACGGCAGCUUGGUCAACAUGAUUCAGGGUCUGGGGGAGAAGCAUCAGCCCAUGCUGAAGGAAUCGCCGGCGGAUGAUGAGGCAGUCGUCGAGACCGAAUCCGGCGGUAGGGUUGCGGAUUGGGCCAAAGCCGUCAGUACAAGUGCUCAAGCCGGCGGCGAGGAAAGCCCGGACCCAGAACAACGUCUGCCCGAGGAGGAGGAGCGACAGCCACACUUCGACAGGCCUAUGAAAGAGAUACGGGUCGGCGAGUCGCCCAGUCGGCCAUGGGGAAUCUCAGUCCCAGCGGCAUAUAACAACGCUCCAAGCGUGGGCACUGACGGCGUUGUGACUGCAUCUCCUGUGCAGGACUCGCUUCCUGCCCCUCCAGCGCCUUCAGCGCCUCCUGUUGCCGAAAGCAGACCGCCUGGAAAGUGCCCCUUCGACCACACUAAAAUGCGUGGAGGUCCACCAUUCGCACCGAAAGGGGAUACUAGACCAGACCCUGAACCGGAGCAAAAGACGCUUCUUGCAGACGCUCCAACAAUUCAGCCGCCUCAGCCCGGACCAAAUCACGAACCAAACAUCAUCAAGACAGGACAGGAGACAUCGCAUCCGCCGCGGAUGGUGUUCACCGGCCCCGUCUUCAUCGGCUACUCGAUGGAACAGGCGAUAGCACUUUUGCAGCAGACCAACAUGGCAGGGAAGACAGGCUGA